GCUGAAGCGCGCUUGAUCCUCGCAAAUCCCUCCUUGGCAUUUGGCAUUUACGUCGUUAGCACUGCAGCACAAACCCGCAGCUUCGACGUUUUGGUCGUGUGAAUGGAAUCAUUGCUUCGUGCGUCUGCCUAUAGGCCACUUCACUCAUUCACAGUCAGGACUUCGGUUGAUUGUCCUUCCAUCAACGACGAAGUUGUCCUUCAUUACAUGGUCCAAUGCGCUCAGGCAGUGCCAUCGGCUCGUAUUAAUCUCCCAACUCUUGUUUCGAAACUAUAACGACAAACGGAACGAUCCGACUCGAAAGCACGAUCUUGUAUUGAGCCCUCGAGGCUAAGAAACGUUUGAGGAGUCAAGAUGCCUUCGAUAUUGUCCGACGAAGAUAAGGAAACGGUCAAGCGGCAGGUUCCUAAGGCUACGAACAAGAUACAGGCGGUGGCCGUUGCUAGACUCUAUAUCGCAUACCCUAAUCGCAGCAGAUGGACUUACACUGGUCUGCAAGGUGCGGCUGUCCUUGCGAACGAUCUCGUGGGUAAUACGUACUGGUUGAAGCUCGUCGAUGUUUCGCCUGCGAAUCGAGGAGUAAUAUGGGACCAAGAGAUCUACGAUACUUGGUCUUAUAAUCAGGACAGGACGUUUUUCCAUACUUUCGAGACUGAGGAAUGUCUAGCUGGGUUAUCGUUCGUAGACGAGAAGGAGGCCAAGCAGUUUCUCAAGAAGAUGAACGAUCGAGAGAAGAAUGCUAGCAAGAUGACAAAGUCAAAUCCAUUUGGUGGUUCAGCUCCUCAGCAAGGACAUAGGCACGGUUUACUGGGAGGUUUCUUUGGCGGACAUCGACACUCAUCUGCUCCAUCCAUUCAACCUACCCCACCCGAUUCGCCGAGCUAUGUCCUUCCUCCUGCGAAUAAUCAUCGGAUGUCAGGUGGCAGUAUCAAUGGUGGAAGAUCUCAAUUUGCUGCACUCGAUGCCAUCGAUGCGAAUUGGAGGGAGACCUGGGGAGAUGACUUGAAGCAAAUGGGAAUCACGGAUGAUUUGAUUCGGGACAACCAGGACUUCAUUGCAGAUUAUAUCAGACAACAACAAGCUGCACAGAACCUUUCAUCUCCAAAUGGAAUAGAGAAUCAACGGGUCAAAGCACCACCCCCACCUCCGCCUCCAGCAGGUCCAACGAGGACUAGAUCCGAAAGCCCUCAGCAGGUCCCAUCGGGACGUGGCAGAGGUGCUCCCCCGGCACCACCUCCAGCAAGACGAUCUGCAGCGAAAGCCGAACCUCCUCGAGAGCCAACGCCUCCACGAGAACCUUCCCCGCCUCGAGGACCACCUCCACCAAGAUUUGCUGCUCCCCCACCAUUACCAGAUGCAGGAAAGUUUGCAAAUAUCGACAGAGCUCCUGCUAGAAAUCAUGCUUCAUCAUUAUCCAACCCAGGUCCGCCUCCUCCUCCAAGACCUCCGAAGACUCCAAACGAGGAAUAUGAGCCUGGGGAGUCGGGAUCAAAAUUUGGUGUACCUCCUCCGUUCUUAGGACCAAGGAAGACAAACCCGCCUCCAACACCCUCUCGAGGAGCCGUCCCACCACCUCCUCCUGCCCGAGAUACUUCGAACUCUUAUUCUCAUGCGGUACCUCCAAGCGGAUUGCCUCCGCCUCCAUUGCCUCCGAAGACACCCUCAGCGCCUACAUCCUAUGCUCCUCCUCUACCGCCUGCAUCAAGUCGGCCAGUUCCUCCACCUCCUUCGAGAGAUUCCGGGCCCCCGCCACCUCCUCCUUUGCCGCAAUCAAGUGCACCUCCUCCCCCGCCAUUACCUCAGUCCAGUGCACCCCCACCUCCGCCUCUCCCCCAAUCAAAUGCUCCUCCCCCACCUCCUCCUCCGCCAAUGCCGUCUUCCAAUGGCCCUCCCGCUCCUCCACCACCCCCACCAUCUUUUGGAGGACCACCUGCUCCUCCUCCCCCACCACCAAACCGAGAUUCAGGCUAUCAAUCAGGUGUACCAGCCAUACCAGCUCCCACAGGCGAGCGAGCAGACUUAUUGGCUGGUAUUCAAAAGGCUGGUGGAAUCGGAGCUCUUAAGAAAGUCGACAAGAGUUUGGUCAGGGAUAGAAGUGCAGCUAUAGUUCCUGGCGGUGCUGACACAGGACCUGCUGGUAGCGGAUUGCCUCCUGCUGGGGCAUCUGGUGGUGGAGGCGGUGGGUUGGCUGAUGCUUUAGCGGCUGCUUUGAACAAGCGGAAGCAGAAAGUCAGUGCUAGUGAUGAUGAAGGAGACAACGAUGAUUGGGAUUAGAAAAAGGUUUAUAUUCUGAUGAAGACCUUUUGGUGCAAGCGGC